AUGAAUGCACAGAAUCUCUAUUAUCCACAGUUGUGUUCAUAUGAGAGGACAUACUCCCAGAAACUCAAGUAUGACAUAUACUUCCACAACAAGACCACUCCCGUGGAGGCAAUUAUCCACAAAGUCUUCAUCAAUGAGUCGCGAUGUAAUGGAGAUCUUGAAUUGGUUUCAGUCGGAUAUAUAGAGAAAAGUGUCAAUUCGUUAUCUGGAUUAUCAUUUCUAGAGGUACUGGAGGGGCAUAAUGAAUAUCCCGAGGCGUGCUGUUCAGUGGACGGCAUAACUCAACAAAUUGGACCCAAACUUAUGAUUUUGGCCAAAAUCGAUCCUCAAGUUGUGUCAAAACUUUUCUUUAAAUAUAAUACCGAAAAACUGGUGGAGAUUUUCAAGAGCCGAUACAGUGCUGAUUGUAUGGACUGCGCUUAUUUGACAUAUACACCCGGAUUAUUAGAUAGGCACCUCAUCAUUGAACGAUAUUCAAGCUCAUUGCUACCGACACAAUCCGUAAAGGAGUCAUACGUCGAGCACUUAGAAGAGUGUGAAUACUUAUCGUCGCCUAUCAUGAAGAUAACGGACACACAAAAUAAUAUAACAAAACAGGAUUCAUGUGAUCAUAUCGAUAUCAUUGACAGAUAUAAGGCUCGUAUCGAUACGUUUCAAGUCUUUACAUCUGAUAAUGUCUCACAUGUUAUAUCCGUUCAAAUACUCUACGAUAAGACCAUUCGUAGAAAUGGCAGUACUGAAGAAAUCAUAAUCGGUGUCGUGACGAGUGCACCGGCAGAUCUGAUAGGGGCCGCCUAUUUACGUAUCGCUGAUAUACCUAAUUUCAAUGAGUUUGCCUGUACUACAGACCCGGGUGUUACUAAACUGAUCGGAACCACAGAAAGGAUAUUCGCGAAUCUUAAUGUGGAAAAUCUGUUAUCAGUUUUGGAUUUGGAGUCAAUUAUAGUGAAAAUCAGAAGCAAUCGUAUUGUCGACUGUUUGGGUUAUGUUAACAUUCAGUACAGUCCAGGCCUAAUGUCCACUCAAUCACCCAUUCAAUCAUAUAAGACGCUAAACAAUGAGAAAAAUCUUAACAAAUCAACUCAUCCUGGGAAUCAGACAAAAGAGAUAUGA